CGCAGGGCCGUCGGCAUGAUCGCGGCGCUGGGCGUGCUGAGCGUGUGCGUGGCGCUGUGCGGCGCCGCGCCCCGCCGCGGCCCCGACCCCGAGCUGGACGGGCACUGGCGCCUCUGGAAGUCGUGGCACAAGAGGGACUACCACGAGCGGGAGGAGAGCUGGAGGAGAGCCGUGUGGGAGAAGAACCUGAAGAUGAUCGAGCUGCACAACCUGGACCACUCGCUGGGGAAGCACAGCUACAAGCUGGGCAUGAACCAGUUCGGGGACAUGACCACCGAGGAGUUCCGGCAGCUCAUGAACGGCUACGUGCACAACAAGGCGGCGCGGAAGCACAGGGGAUCCCUGUUCCUGGAGCCCAGCUUCCUGGAGGCGCCGAGAUCCGUGGACUGGAGAGAGAAGGGAUACGUAACUCCGGUUAAGGACCAGGGUCAGUGCGGCUCGUGCUGGGCCUUCAGCACGACAGGAGCCCUUGAAGGGCAGCACUUCAGGAAGACUGGCAGGCUCGUUUCUUUGAGCGAGCAGAACCUGGUGGACUGUUCCCGCCCUGAAGGGAAUCAGGGCUGCAAUGGUGGUCUCAUGGACCAGGCUUUCCAGUACGUGCAGGACAAUGGGGGAAUUGAUUCGGAGGAAGCUUACCCAUACACUGCAAAGGAUGAUGAAGACUGUCGUUACAAGGCAGAGUACAACGCAGCAAACGACACUGGCUUUGUGGACAUUCCUCAGGGACAUGAAAGAGCUCUCAUGAAAGCAGUAGCCUCUGUGGGGCCAGUGUCUGUCGCUAUUGAUGCAGGCCACUCUUCAUUCCAGUUUUAUCAGUCAGGUAUCUACUAUGAACCAGAGUGUAGCAGUGAAGACCUGGACCAUGGUGUUCUGGUUGUAGGCUAUGGCUUUGAAGGGGAAGAUGUAGAUGGCAAGAAAUACUGGAUUGUUAAGAACAGCUGGGGUGAGAAGUGGGGUGACAAAGGAUAUAUCUACAUGGCAAAAGACAGGAAGAAUCACUGUGGGAUAGCAACAGCUGCUAGCUAUCCACUUGUAUAACUUGAAGACUGAACAUUUCAGUGCAAGAGUGGUUUUAAACUAAACGACCAAACCCAUGUUUGCACAUGCGGUAGACUUAUCCUUUGAAGGUCAACUUGAUAUACUUUUUUUACUUUUGAGUUUUACCUGUUGGUGACAUGCCACUUGUUUUAAAUUAAUGUAAAUGUUGGUAUGUAAACAGCUUGUAAUAUUGCUGGCUUUUGACUGCUUAAUCUAAUAGAUUCUGCUAUGUAUUUUUUCCUUUUUUUAAAUUGCAAUGUGCCCAAAGGUUUACUUUUUAAAUAAACACUUGAAUUUCACUGUGUACA